AGGGAAGGAGGAGGGGUUGAGACAGACACAGAGAGAGAGAGAGAGAGAGAGAGAGAGAGAGAGAGAGAGAGGACUCCAGCAGUCUCUCAGAUCUUGGCUGUGCUGAGGACAGCGCAGAAGAAGUACAUUCCUGAGGCAGCAAGCGAGGAGAGGACAGCAAGAUAGAGUGGAGACCUCACGACAUCCUUUAAAUUUCUCUGUUGACCACGUUCGACUGCCUCUGACCUCUGCUGGACCUGCACGCUCCUCACACACACACACACACAGACACACACUCUCUCUCGCUCAUUCGCUGCCGCUCUCGCAUACUGGCCGCACAACCGGCUUUGCUGCUCUGUAAGGAGUGAAGGAUUUCCCUGUGACUGAGAAAAAGCGACAGAGAGAAUUAAAACUGCUGAAGAAAAGGAUACAAUCCUCUUGCUGGAGCCAGUGCGAUGCAGUGUUGAGUAAAGUGAAGCUGAAGUCACUGUUUUAAGACCGUCUAAACCCUUCAUCCCCGUCCUGCGUGGUCCCAGAUGGAGCUCAAAGUGUGGGUGGACGGAGUGGUGCGGGUGGUGUGCGGCCUGUCUGAGGAGACUUCCUGCCAGGAUGUAGUCAUAGCUCUGGCUCAGGCCAUCGGUCAGACAGGCCGGUAUGUCCUGAUACAGCGUCUAAGGGACACAGAGAGGCAGCUGCUUGCCACAGAGAAGCCUCUGGAGUCCCUGGCUAAGCUGGGCCAACAUGGCAACGAGGUUCAGUUCUUCCUGCGUCGCACCGGCCCAAGUAGCAGUGAUGCACCUGGCUCACAACAAGACAAACCAACUCCCCUCCCUCUGCCCAAGCACCCCGAGCCUGAGAAACGCAGCCAGCCUAAGAAAGCGCUCACCUUCAACCUGGGGCCAUCCACCUCCCCUAGAACCAAAGCCAAACAGUUUAAGAGAUCUCCUCGGGACUCUCCGGAGCAAAGAGCCUCCCCCUCUCCUUCACCAAGUUCCGUUUCCUCUCAUGUGCCAUCCCCCUCUCCCUCUCCCACCCCACCUAUAGGCCCAUCCAAAGAGGAGGUCUUCAGAAAGGUUCUUCAGCAACAGGAGAGACUGAGGGCUUUUGAGGCCCAGUUAGAAACCCUGGAAAGGGAGUCACAUUCCUGGGAGCGUCCCCACCCUUCUCCGUGUCCCUCACCUGUGUCUGACGCUCGGUUGCAGGAAGAGAUGAACGCUCUGGAGAUAGCGAUGCGGAGGAACCAGGCUGAGCUUGCACACGAGCAGUACUGGGAUGAGGAGCUUCAGGCGGAGGUGGAGAGGGAACAAGGGAUGAGGAGGAAGCUGGGGGAGCUUCACGCACAGCUGGACGAAUGCGGCCGGCGGCUGCACGAGUUCUCCGUUCGCUCCGCUCAGCUGGAGCAGGAGAUCCAGCGGGAAAGCCAGGACGAAGGGAAAGCGAACAGACCAGAGGAGUCCCUCGAUGCGAUAAAGGCAGAGCUCCAGAGCCAGGAGCAUCAUGGGACAGAGCUGGUGGAGCGGUUAUCUGAGACUGACAAGGCUCUGGGGAAGGCAGAGUCUCUGCUGCAGGCCAAACAGGAGGAGCUGGAGGAGUUGAAUAAGGAGCUGAGGCAGUGUAACCUGCAGCAGUUUAUACAGCAGGCGGGUGUCCUGCCAGCGCACUCAAACUCACGCACAGAUCUUCAGGAGCAACUGGAGCAGCUAGAACUGGCACAUCUUCUGCAGGAGGGAUACACUAAUGGGGGCCACAGUUUACUUCAAGUGGACUCCCCGCCUCGCCCCACUGCCAAACAGUUCCUGGGACAUCCCCGCAACCUGCAAAACCCUCUAGUGUCCAGUCUCAACCCUGAGGUCCUGACAUCCCGCGAGUCGUCAUGGAGAUAAAACAUGGACCACAUGGCCACGGGAAAACAUGUUCACUGUUCUGUCACCGUCACCUCUUAUUUAACCCUUCACUUUGUAACUCAUUAUUUAAUCCUCUUUGAUAUACAUAAUGUAUAUAAAUAAGACAAAUAUAUUUACAGAGUUUUGCUACUGUAAACACUGCAAUAUCUGUAUGAAAUGUAAAAUAAUUUAGAGACAUUUGACUUAGAGCAAUUAUUACUAUGACUAUGUAUUUAAAGAUAAUAAAAUUGUGUAUUGUGUUUUAGAUCAUC